AUGCAAUCAUAUGUGGCAGAAAUAGGUGAAAUCGUUCGUGCCCAGCGAAGAGAUCAAGAAGAGCUUGAUACAAUACAAGAAAAACUAUCAAACAUUGUUAAAGAGAUUGGUGGUCAACGAGUUUGGCUUAGGUUAUUUCCUUAUCUACCGUUCAUUACUAAAACUAUUUAUUACUCUUGUACAACUCUAGCAGGUGUACAAACGCUAGGAGAAGAGUACGUUCGACUCUUCCAGAGUAUUCCAAUAGCAAGGAAAAGUCCCUCCUUUUCCGCAAGACUUUUCUUCGUGUUAUUGCACGUUUUUUUUCCUUUACUUGCACAGUCAUUGAUCCAAAAAGCACAGCUAAAGUUAAGCCGUUCAUCCACAGAAGAGUUUUUAGGCAUACCCAUAAACAAUAAUCCUAAAGCUAGGAAAUCUCUACAAACUCUUGUGGAGUGGAUAAGGUCUAUCGGUGUACCACAACUUCGAAGGAUUCAUCUUGCUUUCUUCUACAUAAACGGUGCUUAUUAUAAUAUUUCGAAGAGAACCGCAGGAAUAACAUACUUGUCGUUAAGUCCUCAAACUAAUACUGGGGCUUUAAAAGUUUAUCGAAUUCUCGGGAUUUUGACUGUUGCUCAGACAGCCAUUUCUAUAUUGUUCUGGAUUGGCAGUGUUUUGGAAUCCGAGAGAAUAGACUCAGAAUCUAGUGAUUUCACUAGAGAAGGCACUGAAGAAAGAGGCUUAAUACAUCCUACUUUCCGUUGUGCUGUUUGUUUGGAACAAAAGAAUCCUUCCACAACCCCCUGUGGACAUUUGUUCUGUUGGAAUUGUAUUCAAGAGCAUUAUCCAUUUUUGAGCCUUCACAAGUUGUUCCAAUUCUCAAUUUAUAAGAUGUUACGUCGCAGUUUCUGUUCCAUAUCCAAUACACCGUCUCUUUACUUUUCUGGUAUUCAGCCAACAGGAGUACCUCACUUAGGCAACUACUUUGGAUUUAUCGAGCCAUGGCUUGACUUGCAAAAAAGUUUACCUAAGAAUGUCAACAUGAUGCUCUCUGUUGUCGACCAACAUGCUAUUUCCGUUGGACCAAAGCCGCCAAACUCUCUUCGACAGGAUAUCAGAAGAAUGACUGCUGGCCUCCUCGCAUGUGGAGUUUGCCCUGAACGAACACUCCUUUUCCGUCAAAGCGAUGUGCCUCAGAUUUCAGAACUCACAUGGAUUUUAGGUGCUUUGCAAACAGUUUCUAAACUGCAGCGCUUGCCUCAAUUCAAAGACAAAGCUCAAAAAUACUCGAAGGGCGAAGUACCGGUCGGUCUUCUUAUUUAUCCACUUUUGCAAGCUGCCGAUGUUUUGAUGUUCAAAGCAACUCAUGUACCUGUCGGGGCUGAUCAGAGUCAACAUUUGAAUUUGCUCACAGACUUAGCUAUAAAUUUCAACGCCAAGUACCAGACUGAUCUCUUUCCUGUUCCAAAACAAGUUACACGUGAACUUUCCGCACGUGUGAGAAGUUUACGAGAUCCUGCUAAGAAAAUGAGCAAAUCGGAUCCUAGUUCGAGAUCACGCAUAGAUAUAAUCGAAUCAAAAGAAAGUAUUUUCGAAAAAUGUAAGAAAGCUGUGAGUGAUUCGGAAGCAUCCAUAUCUUAUGAACCAGAACGAAGAGUUGCUGUUAGUAAUUUGAUUGACCUAUACAUGGCGGUGUCUGGUAAAUCUUUGACUCAUGUGCUUUCACAAGAUUGGAAUACUUCGCAGUUGAAAAAAGAAUUAGCACUAAGUGUUGAAGAGAAAUUCGGCCCUGUCCGUGAAAGGUUUUUAGAACUAGAAAAAACUAAACAAGUCGAGGAUAUAUUAUAUGAAAAUGGUAAAAAAGCUGUGGCCAUAGCUCGAGACAAUAUGGAGCAAGUUCGACAAACUAUUGGAUUUUUAUAG